GGUGGGAAUCACUUUGACCAGUAUGAAGAGGGCCAGCUGGAGCUGGAGCAGGCGUCCCUGGACAAGCCCAUCGAAUCGGACUGUCCCUGCCUCCUUAGUGUGACCCUCUAAGGUGGUAGGAUUUAUGGCAGUUAUCCACAAGUGUCACCUCUCGGAGCUGUUGGUAAAUGCUUUGGCCCAGCCUCUCGGAGCCCCUCCCCUGCCACUUAUUGUGUGUGAUCUAUAGGCAGCUAGAGGUCUGUGGUACUUUAUUGGGAUCUUUUUUUCCUCUUUGUCUCUCUUCCCCCCCUUUGGCCUCUUCUCUUUUUCUCUAACAUUGUUUUUGCAUUGCAUGUGUUAACUUGGUAGCAUUCAGUGCUAUUUCCUCUCAACACUUCUGUCCUAAAUCACUACUACGGUUUUUCCCUUUUCCAAAGUCAUUCCUCCCACGUCUCCUGCCCCUUCCAGUCCCUCAAACCUCCCCUCUUCCUCCUCCUCCCUCCCCUUACCUGACCCCGUCUCAGAGCGAUAUGCAGUGGGCAGCCUCAGAGCCACAGAAAGCGAACACACAGAUCUAACAAACGUGACGAUUCAUUUCUGGGCAGGUUUAUCCAAGCUGCGGUAAUUCCGAUUUCUCUCUAAAUACAGUCACUGAGCCCCGACAGACAUUUUAGGUGUCGGCCUAUCAGCUGUCUCCAAAGUACGAGGUGUGGUAGCUUUAUUUAUCCACACCGUAUUUUUCCCACAGCUGUUUGUCCCUGUUAACUGUUAGACUUCUGGCAGCUAUUGUUAAGAAGAAGAACACAUGGAAAAGGUCAAACUCAACCCUUUUAAUGUAUGGCCCUUAUUCUCUGUACAACACCUCAAGCUCUCAAUUUAGCACCAGUCUUAACCUAGUGAGCAGCAGGGGUCAUGGGUGCAAGGUCGUCAUUGAAGCCCCUUUAAAAAAAAAAACAAUAAACAAACCAAAAAGAGGGUAAAAACCAGUCUGACCACCUUCCCUCAAACUCAGCGGAAAUACUUUUGUUACAGUCUCUGUUUAAAGUUCGCUUGAUGAAUGGGGUCUUCAGAUUCAUGAGGUAAGUAUUUGUUUUUAAAUUAUUAUAAGUAGAGUUGAUAUUAAUUGGACUUAAGGUGCUCAGUGAAUGAAAUCUUUAAUCCCCUUCACAUUAAAUCGUUUUACGGAGAAGUAGGGGCCUUCUGCUUUCAGAUGUUUGCCACUUGUCGCACAGAGACAAUUGUUUUCCUUUAGUCACACCAACAACAGUAGUGGGAGUAGAGUCCAGGAAUGUACGGCACCAGGGAGCUGCAUUAGUUUAUGAGGAGCAGCAGUCUGUCCCUGACCAGCUCCUGCCAGAAGACAUUCCUCAGGGACACGAGAAAAAAGGAUGAUGAGUAACUGCAGCAACCCACUCCUUGCAAGACGGCUAAAGAGUCUGUCACAGCCUUUGUUUUGAGAACAUGCAAAAUCUAAGAUCUGUUAAAGAGCAGCCAACCAGGAACAUUUACAGAAUAUGUGCGGUUUUGCUUACUUUAGGUUGAGUAACUCAGAAAUGUCUUAUACCCACACAAACACAACCAUUCUUGACACAUAUAAAUGUCUCUAUAUACUGAAGUAAUAAGAUUCCUAAAUGCUCUGAGGUCUCUAGGUGUGGUCCCCUGCAUAUCUCUUCCUUUACCCAGAUCUAUCUAUCAAUUUUAUUUGGAUAACAUUUCUUUAUUUUAUUUUCCCUUUCUCCUGUAUUAACACCCCAUUGGUGGAUUUAUUGACAUGCCUACCCUUUUUUUCUGUUUGUAUACAGUAUUGUGUUUGUUUAAAAGCAGACAGAGAUUUGCAUUUUUUAAGAAAACUAGAGAAGCUAGCAGAAUUGCAGUUGAAAGCGUUUUGGCCGGUUUCUUACGUUGUGUCACGUGUGACUGUUUUUUUGACAGCCCAGUAUUUUAAAGCCAGGUUCGUAUGGAAAUGCCUUCACUCCACUUGCACUGCUGUUGGACUCGCCGUCGUUGCUUUCAUCCGUCUGUCUGUCAAUUCUUUUGGUGCACUCAUCUGUUGUUCAACAUGCAGUCUGCGCCUCAUCUCCGCCCCCCUGGCCUUUGCUGAGCCCUUUGGAAAAAUAAAAAAAGCUGAUCUCUUUAUUAGUAUUUGCAGUAGCGACUGGUGCCUCAUUCAACCUGCCCUUUUUUUGUUCUUAAAUCUCCCUGAGAUAAAAUAAAAAAUGUCAAAUAUUUAGAGGAGUAUGUUUAAUUUAAUGUUCUGCAGAGGUUCUCCUUUCACUGUGAACCCCUUGAUCCGACAUCUCUGAGGAUUGUGUAGAGGUAGAGCAAGACUAUUUCUUAAGGUGCGUUUUUAUUUUCCUCCUUGCUCCCCAGCCUCCUACAUCAGCUAACCCCCCAAAUUGAUAUAAAUGUUCAUGUGCAGAUGGUUCUUGCACCAUAAUACUGCAGUAAGGGACAGAAGCGUUCUCAAUGUCGGUGGGAGGGGAGACAUUCACUGCAGCAGAUUCUGCAGUGUUUCCCCACACAAUGAAGUCAGGGGGACAUUUUGUCCAGACGGCAGGAGUAAGCACACCUUCACCAGCCAACACAGCCUGCGCAUCUCACGACAUGUCCAGAAACUGACGGGCUAGAAAGCGUCCUACUCGGUGACAGCAUGAUAAUUUAAACCUUCUGUGUCAAUUUUAUUGGCCGAUACAGGCAGGCUUGCCUCUGGGUCUCUGCCCCACCGUGUGAGGCCCAGCCCAGAUUCCUCCCUUAUCUCAUCCCGCAGAGGAAGGUAUCCGACAGUCACAUAGCUCAAACAUCAUGAACUGGAGGGGGGGGAUAACCAAACCCUAACAGAAACAGGAAGCGAGGCAGGGUAUCUGAGGCAAACAUCAGCCAGAUAUUUUGAAUGUUUUCAUUCUAGUCAUCACGGUGAAGACGUUGUAAUGUGACGGUUCUUAAGUCUGACAUACUGUUUUUCUUCCAGAAAUGUUAAAUGGGGCAAAGGAAGGCAACAGUUUGCUCUGAAAUACCAACCUUGGUUUAAAAAAAUAAAAGGGGGGGUAAAACCAAAUGUAUCCCAAUUGAUCCCUUGUGGGCGGAGAUGCAGUGUGUGCUGUGUGUGUGACUACCACCCCCCUUCACAUGCACUAACCCAUUACGAGCCCAGCUCACCUCCACCGCCCUAGAACAACUCACCUUCACCAUGGCUCAGCCUGCUCGGUUCUGCCCCCGUGUCCUGACCUCCUCCGUUUGUCAAAGAGAACUAAUUGAGCCGCGUUGAGCCAUCACCUUCCUCUCUGUGCCUGAUCCACCUGAGACUAACACAGUUGGAGUUCUGUUAACCCAUCCAUCCACCACAACCCCAGCCCGCCCCACCCCUCUGUAUGUGUACCAUUCCCAGUGCGCUACUAACACCGACGAUCCUUUUUGUUAAAACUCUUUAACAAAAAGCUGCAUGCUGUUGUUUUUUUUUUGUUUGUUUUUUUCUUCUGUUUUGUACCAACCCCUUCACUUUCUGUUUGUGAAAGUUGACGUCAACCUCUUUGUGAUUAUAAAUAUCCUUUUUGUUUGGUUUGUAUUUUUUUUUCUUCGUAGAAUGCAGCACUCUGGUGAAUGUUAGACAAGCUUGGAAUAGUUAUAAUCACAACAGAAACAACCCACUGCUUAUUAAGAACUCUCAUUGUUUCCUGUUUAUUUGUGCUUGAGGAUGUAAUGUAGUGUGUAGUGGUGGGACGGUCUUGCAUUUCACUUAAUGUUUUUUUUAAUUUUCUUGCUGACCCACACUAGUGAUAUAACAAGUCUCGGACAUGCACAUUGGGUCCCACAGUGUCCUAGGAAUCCCUGUUGUGAAUAUUCCUGCCCUUCUCUCCAACCUCUUUGAUUCAUGAUCAGUUGCCUGGUCUUGUCCACUUCAGCGAGUCCGCAAAUCCAUGUACCGAUCUGUCACCACGUUCUUUUAAGUUAAUUACUUUCACUCUGAUAAAAACAGCACUUCUCUUGGAAAUUUCCUGGAAAUCACUUCUUCUUUGCUGCUUCAAAAUGUGGUCGCGCUGUGCUGGGGAAAAGAAGGAGUGAUUUCCGGUAGUGAAGCGUGAAUAUGUCAUGCUGAAAAAUAUCACAUAUCGGGAAAAAUCUCUAAUUGUAGAAACGAUUACAUUGUCUUUGGUCAAAUUAGAAGCGGGCUAACGGCAUAAAUCCUUAUGCUACAGUAAAAAGUAUUAACGCGGUUGGGAACAGACCACUGAUAACUGACCAGAGAGGCUGGAGGUGUCCAGGAACGUGCAAAACAGAUGUUCCUAGUUCAUCUAGUGGGGCCACAUGCACACGACGCCUCCCUCUCUUCACCUGCACACCCACACAUCCCCUCACACGUGCAUAUUCCGUCCACCCCUGGGCCUUGUAAUGGUAAUCCAAGGCCCACUAGCUCCACUUCUGUCUCUUCCCUCUCGCUGUAUUUCUUUUGUGACAGCUGCAUAUGUUUCAUGGUGGUAACCCCCCCUCCCCCUCCCCCUCCCCCUGUCAUGGUUACGGAAUCAUAGCAAGCUUGGAGUUUCUGGUCUUCGUCUUUGUUAAUGCAAGAUUUCCAUACCUGUUCUGUGUCACUUUUCUUUGUGUACUAAGAUCUUGCUCUGUAGUGGUUUCGUAUAUGUAUGCGUGUGAUACAUAUAGUACCCUCCCCUUCCUCCUCCUCUUAACUUCUCAGUUAGUGGAUGUGACUUGAUGUUUUAUCUUUAUCACCCCCCCCCCCCCAAAAAAAAAAUGCUUAUGCCCAAUUCCUUUGCCUUUUAAAAAGGUUUUUUAAGCUGCACUGCCACUGUAGAAAGGUACGCUGUAGUUUACAGGCUACACAUAGCCUCAUGUAUUCAACCUACUCUUCCUCUCAGCCCCCCCCCCACCCCCCAUCUCCCCCAACCCACCCUUAACUACCACUCCCUGUGCUGGAAAACACUGAUGUUACACGCUGUAGGUGAUGUGGAUGACGAUAAUGAUGAUGAUGGUGAUGGUGGUGGUGGUUGUGAUGAUGAUGAUGAUGAUAGCGUGAUCUGAGUGUGUUAUUUUGUUUUGUGUGUUUGUUUGUUUUUUAUGACCCGUGCCCACGGGGAAAAGCUCAUCUUAUUAUUGGAAUAUUUUUGGUUUUUUUCUCCUCUCUUCUCUCUGCCAGGAUAACAUCGGGCACCGGCUGCUUCAGAAACAUGGCUGGAAGUUGGGGCAAGGCCUUGGCAAAAGCAUGCAGGGACGCACCGACCCUGUGCCCAUUAUCCUCAAAUAUGAUGUCAUGGGGAUGGGACGGAUGGAGAUGGAGCUGGACUAUGCAGAGGACGCCACAGAGAAGAGAAGAGUGCUCGAAGUGGAGAAGGAGGAUACAGAGGAACUGCGGCAAAAAUACAAGGACCAGGUGGAAAAGGAAAAAGCCAUCGCAAAGGCUCUGGAAGACCUGAGAGCCAAUUUCUACUGUGAGCUAUGUGACAAACAGUACACCAAGCACCAGGAGUUUGACAACCACAUCAACUCUUAUGACCACGCUCACAAGCAGAGGCUCAAAGAGCUGAAGCAGAGAGAGUUCGCCCGUAACGUUUCGUCACGUUCCCGAAAAGGCGGAAAGAAGCAAGAAAAGAUGCUGCGGCGAUUGCACGAGUUGGCAGAGCAGAGGAAACACCAGGACCGGACUCCAGGAAGUGGGCCCAUGUUCAAACCCACCACAGUGGCCGUAGACGGAGAGACGGCAGAAGACGGGGACAACAUGACGCCCGAGAACCCUGCUUUGACGGAGUGUGUCCCGGAGCCGGAAAAAAGCCAAGCCUCCCCAAAGCCUGGCCCAGCCAUCAGCUUCUCUCUGGGCAAGAACAGCUCCUCCUCCCCGACCCCGAGCAGUGCGUCCAAAGUCAGCGUCUCCUUCUCUUUUGCCAAGAAAGCUCCGGUGAAGCUGGAGACAGCGGCUGCAGUGUUUGCCGAUCACGGUGAGGAGGCCAUGGAGGACGAGGAGAGCCAGGACGGGGAAAAGGCAGGAGGACAAGAGGAGACACCCGUCUCCGGAACAGAAAGCCCCAAGGGAGUAUCGGGAGGAGUUGAAGGAGGAGAGGGCGAGGAGGCGGCGGGGACAGAGGAGGUGCAGCAGCCCGACGACGGAGCCUCGCUUGCCUCCACACUUAACAAGCUGAAGAUGAUGAUGAAAAAGGAGGAAGGAUACGCCGGACAGGAGCCUCAGUACUAUCACUAUAUACCUCCAGCUCACUGCCGCGUGAAACCACACUUUCAGUUUUUGUUGUUCAUGAAGGCGACGGAUCAGUGUGAGAUCAAAGUAGAUGAAGACGAGGAGGAGGAGGAAGACGAGCUGGAAGAAAAGAAGAUUAAAGAAAGCCCCGAACGAGAACCGAAUCCCGACGUUACAGAUUCUAGCCCGAACAAGCCCGAACAAGAACAAGAGGAAAAACAAGAGGAAGAGGAAAAGGAAGCCACUUCAACCGCCGAUUCCGAGCCAACUCCUCCGUCACCUAAAGUGAAGACGCAGGACGUGUCUUCAUGCGCGGCAGACGCGGCAGACGUGGCAGACGCAGUUUCCACGGCACCAACUUCACCCCUGCAAAAAGCAGAGAACACACCAGUUACUAUGGAUUCCAAUUCCGGCCCUAAAAUCCCCACUGGUCCCUUCUUCCCAGUUCUUAGCAAAGAUGAAAGCACCACCCUGCAGUGGCCCUCUGAGCUCCUUGAGUUCACAAAAGCACAGCCUUCCCUGUCUUACAGCUGUAAUCCCCUCUACUUCGACUUCAAGCUCUCCCGCAAUAAAGGAGCACGUGGUGGUAAAGCGGCAAAGUCGCCUAAGCCCGAAGAAUCUGACGACAAGGGGCAAGAGGUGGCGACCUCAACAGCGGAAGUAGACACGACUACUACUAAACCCGGGACCAGCGCCGACAAAGAAAAGUCGGUGACGAAGGGAGAAACUGGCAAAUUAGAAGGUGAUGAGCAAAAGCCUGAAACUGGCAGCAGCAGUGCCAAGAAGAAAAAGAAGAAGAAGAAGCAUAAGAAGUCUGCAAAGCACUCAAAGCGCAAAGAAAAAGAAAAAGGAGCGGCACAAGACGCAGAAGGAGAGACGGAGGUAAUGCAAGAAAAGCCCAAGAAGAAGAAAAAACACAAACGGAAGAAGAGCAAAAACAAAGCUCCCAAUCAGGAAGAAGCUGCAGGUGACGAAAAGGAGAAGGCGAAACCAAAGUCGGAAGAUAAAGCUGUUUCCUCCACUGUUCAGCUGACAACAGGAGGGGGAGGAGCCACAGCAAAUACAGGAGUCGAGUUGGGGAAGAGGAAACGUUCCGCUAAGGAAGUGCCUUCCAAGUCUGCGGCAGAGGAAGGAGGAGCCAGAAAAAGCUCAGAUAAGGCGAACACCUCCGAGGAGCACAGCGGCGCCAAGCGCCAAAAGACGGAGUCUGGCGCAUCUCAAGGUGCCUCCUGCUCCACCUCGGCCCAGAAGAGUCCCGGUCCAGGUAGACCCCCGAGCAGCGAGAGCGAAGAGGAAGGGGGCUCCAACACUCAACGCUCACGCCAUCACCGGUCAAGUCCCCGGGAACAGCGGCGCCACCACAGUGAGGAAUCCAGGCGCUCCUGCAGCCGCUCGUCAAGACGAGGGGAGAGACGGGGCACCAGCCGGCGGCGCCACCGCGGCAAAACCUCCCACAGUCACUCCUACUCCAGCAGCUCCGAGCGCUCCUCGGCGGGCAGCAGCGCCUACAGCCACCGCAGCCGCAGCUACUCCGACAGCUACAGUGACGACAGCGCCGAGGGCCGCAGGCGGCGACGCUCCAAGCGUUCCUCAGAAUCUGAGUACGAGCGGAGGGGCAGUCGAGGACGCAGGCGCUCCAGGAGACACCAGUACUCCUCUUCGUCCUCGGACGACUCCCGCUCGCGUUCGCGCAGCUACAGCCGCAGGAAGCGGCACCGGCGGCACCACCGGAGCAGCUCCCGCAGCUCCAGCAGCUGGAGCCGCAGCACCAGCGCCAGGUCCUGGAGGCGCAGCUACAGCCGGAGCCAUAGCUCCGCCAGCCGCUCCUCCAGCUCGGCCAAAGUUUCCCCCCACCGCCGGGUUCCCAGGGGCCGCGGUGACGGCGACGCACUCCGCAGAGACUUCAACCGCUCUCGCAUCUACCGCUCACAGUCCCCACGAUCCAGAGGCCUUAACCGCAACGCCCACUCGUCCAGUUCUCAAGCUCUGAGGCCAGGAGGGUCCCGGGACGCAGGGGAGCAGAAGAACUCCCUCACCGCACGGCAACUUCUGGAGAGGGUUCAGUCGAAAAAAAGUUCCGACGAUUCCGCCACUGGAACAAAAUCUGGCGUUAAGAUUAAAGACCCGCCUCAGGGCUACUUUGGUCCCAAACUACCCCCGACCUUGGGGAGUAAAGCCAUGCUUCCGCUCUUUGGCAAACUGCAGGCAGGGAAGAAGCCCUUGAUUCCCUUAACCAGACCGGACGAGGGCGAGAAAUCAGGAACGGGGAAGGAGGCCGAGGCCGAAGUCAUCCUGGUAGAGCCCAUCAGGGAAUUUCCUCCUCCACCGCCGCCUCCAGCUCCACCUGUUCAAAAGGUUGAGGAAGCCCCACAGAUCACCGUCGUACAGGAGGAGACGCAGCACCCAGCUACAGAAGAAGUGCUCCAAGACCCUCAGCAGUUGUUUGAACAGGAGCCUUCCAUGAUGAUGCCUCAGUACCAAGGAGAUCCAGGACAGGACCCCUCCCAGAACCCCAUGAUGGAGCCCCUCAUGCCGGAAAUGCAGCAGCCCCAGCAGAUGCACGCGUACCCUGCGUAUCCACCGCCCGACCUGGAGGGCGAGGGCAUGGAGGCGGAGGAGGACGGACUGGCUCCUCUGGAGAGUCAGCCCAUCACCUUCACGCCGGAGGAGAUGGAGAAGUACAGCAAGCUGCAGCAGGCAGCGCAGCAGCACAUCCAGCAGCAGCUUAUGGCCAAGCAGGUCAAGACGUUCCCCUCGGCCGCCGCUGCAGCAGCUGCUGCCAACAUGGCCGCCAACUUGGCGCCGGCUCCGCCUCAGCCGACCCUGCAGCAGAUCCACAUCCAGCAGCCAACCGUGUCCAUGGCCUCCGGCACGUCGAUCACCACCAUGCAACAUGCCAUCCUGCAACACCACGCCGCCACCGCCGCGGCCAUGGGCAUACACCCGGCGCACGCCCACCACCCGCACCCCGCGCACGCCCAGUUGGCCCAGGUGCACCACAUUCCCCAGCACCACUUCACCCCCAUCUCCCUGUCCCAUCUGGGCCAUUCCCUGGGCCACUCCCUCGGACACUCCCUGGGCCACUCCCUCGGACACUCGCUGGGCCACGCGGGGAUGAUCCCCGCCCACCAUACCGCCUUCCUCUCUGGUCAGCCCAUACACAUUAUUCCCGCCUCCGCACUUCACCACACCCCUCUGGCUCUGCACCACGUCCCACAUGGCCUCUACCCGACACUCUUCACACCUCGGCCCUCGCAGGCCGCCGCCGCCGCAGCGGCGCUCCAGCUCCACCCACUCCUACACCCGAUAUUUUCAGGGCAGGACCUCCAGCACCCCCCCAACCAUGGCUCUUGAGUAAUAAUGAAAGUGAGAGUUAGUAUCACAGCUCUGGUGGGAAGACGUGACCUGAAAUGUCUUGGUUGGUUUGGGGGUAUCAGAUGAAGUCGUGGCGACGGGGUUGCAGGAAGCUCGUCCAACCACCGUUCUACUGGCCGACACGGUGCAGCAAGUUGUAGCCACAAAGUGGUGCUGCCUGCGUCGGCUUUAAAAUCGACUCUUAAAGACUUUUCUUAUAGUUUGCCCUGUAUUUAUGGGGCAGGGGGUCAGUUUAAAGAGACUCGCUCAAGACACUGGUUUAUACUCCACGUAGGGGGAAUAUUAACAGAAUCCAUUUUGUUUUGAUGACAGAUCAGAAGAAACCACUGGAGUUUUGUCGUUACUCGUUUUUCCACUUAAAAUAUAUUAAUCUCACAGUUUUUUUCCGCUUAUGUUUGGUAGCCAAAGAGAGACGGGAGGAGGAGGCGGGGGCUCGAAACCGCUUUGACUCUUUAACGUAAACGUCAGACGUGCUAUUUCAUAAUGUAGAUCUUUCUGUUUUCACACGACUACUCGCUUUCUUAUCGGAUCCCCAGUCUCAAGAAUAGUUUGUAACGCAGUAACUUGUACAUAUAUCAGUGUGUAAUGUGAAGAAUCCCGCCAAUGAUGACCAUUAUGUAAUCACAGCAGCGGUGUCCCGGUCGGCAUGACAUUGUCAUUCAAGACCCCCCCUCCUCUCUAAGGGUUGAAAUGUGAUGUGGGGGUUUUUAAUAUCCGUGACGCUCGUGUUCUCCAUGGUGAGAGGGUACACCUGAAUGAAUUGCACUGAAACCUGUACAUCAUGAUGGUGCUUUGUGCAUCAUGUAACAAUAAGAUUGUAGUAUACUGCAAUAACUGUAUUUUUUUUUUCUGUUUUUAAAUUAUUUUCCAGAAAUGCUCCUUCAUAAGAAGGACUUUGUGUUUUUUCUUUUUUUGUUGUUUUUUUCCUUGUGUAAUUUUGUAAAUAAAACUGCUGUAGAUUAACCUAUUAACACUCUAGAGGUUUGUGACUGCUGUUUGGAAAAAAAGUUUAAAAAAAAUGACGAGUGGGACAGGAAAAUGGACGCUUGUCUUUUUACCAAGGUUAUUUCUAAAUUCCCCCCCCCGGCUGAGACUGGGACGAGCGAAGGAUCGUGGUCUGUCAAACAGUAGCAGCGCUGUAUUUUUUAAAGACUUAACUCUGUUUUCAGCAAAUAAAAAAAUCUUGAGUUCA